GAAUAUUUCCGCAUUUCCUGCGGGAAGGGCAGAACAUAGUGCAGUUUAUAUUGCUAGUAAUAAAAAACUUUACAUUCUUGGCGGAUUAGAUUCCAGUGGAAAUGCUAGUAGUAAUCAGUUAUUUUAUAUUGAUGCUUCAGAAGCUUUCACGAUUAGUAUACCUUCAAUCAAAUGGGUUGACCUUUCUUCGACAGUAGGAAUAACAAAUCGAAGUAGUGCAACAGCUUGUGAUGAUAGUAAUACAAUUUUUUAUAUUGGUGGAGUGCAUCGUGGAGGUCUUGUUAGUAGAUUUGAUACAUUAUCUAGAACAUGGAGUGAACCAGCUACUUCUGGAUCAAUACCUGCAGAAGUAUUAACAUACACACAAUGCGUAACUUUAGGACAUAAGAUAUAUAUUCAUGGUGGGCUAAGCUCUUAUAAGAUUAAUAUAUUAGAUUCUUCACAAUUAAGCUGGUCUUCGUUUUCAUCGCCAUUAAUGUAUAGUGGAACGCAAGGUUACAGCGCUACAUUACUAAACGAUUUAAUUUUGUACAUCGGAGGGGGAUUUGAUUCAGUUAAUGUUUGUGAAUAUAAUUCAAAUAAUAAGCAAACAUAUGGUAAUGCACCUUCUGCAAAGUGCGGCCAUUCAUCAGUUUAUAUUCCUCAACAAAAAAAUAGAAUUUUAUUAUUUUACGGAAGUAAUGAUAUUUCAAUUAAUUCACUCAACACUUUGACAUUUAAUUGGACAAUUCCUGUGAUUUCAGGUAAUGGAGGACCUAAACAAAGUUUAAUGCAGCAUACCUCUACAUUAGUUGGCGCUUAUGUUUUUAUUGUAUUUGGGUAUUAUCCUAAUUAUACUAUUUCAUCUGAUGUAUUUGCUCUUGAUGUGAGCAAUAACGAUAACUAUAAAUGGGUAACGGCUUAUGAUCCUGUUAAUUCAAUUACUCCUAUACCAACUCCGACUGUCAGUUCGACACCGAGUUCAACAUCAACAACUUCAACUUCAAAUACUAAUAUUGGUGCUAUUAUCGGAGGUGUAAUCGGUGGAAUCGCAGGACUUAUAUUAUUAUCAUGUACUGCAAUAAUUAUCAUUCUUAUAGUUAAGAAAAAAUAUUUAGAUAAUGAUAAUAUUGCCAUUCCAGAAAAUUGA